CGCCCGGUGUCCCGGCCGAUACCGCCGAGGACGCGAUCCAGGUGAUGAGGAGCCCUUCGCGCACCCGGCCCAGAAGGCGGCUGCCGCUGGACGCCUCCAUUGUUUGACCAUCGCCAGGGCCGCCGGAUUCUCCCCCAGCUCUGCAGCAGCGUGAGACCUCUCAGCCCACCAGCCACUGUGGCCGUGCCUCUGCUGCCUCUUCUGGAAUGCCUUGGGAUUUUUGACUCCUGUCACUGUGACUGAUAAACCCAAGGGGCACAUUGUUCCAUGAGAUAAGAGAAAUUCUUCCUCGAGAUCAAAAGAGGAGCCUGGAGUGAUACCUGUGUGGGAAUCCUCGAGAGCAUGGACUGACGUACUGGGGCCUAAGGAGCCACUUUUGGGGGGGCCAUCCUGGCCCAUGUGUAGGGGGCACAGGAUCGGACUGACGCCGCCUGGGGCUCCAGACCAGCACGCAGCCUCACACCCUCCGCCACGGGGGACACCUUGCGGCCUUUUUCCUGCGAGUGUGAAGUACAAGGUUACUCUACAAGAGGAAGAUUCCAAGGGUUUAAAAACGCAAACAAAGGUUUGCACUUUGGAAGUCCCUUGGAAUGUUGACAACUCAGGACCUAAAAGAAUUUUUUGUGUUAGUGAGUCACAGAAUUAAUGUGGAAGUAAAUGUCACUUUAUAAGCGAUACUAAUACUAAGUGAGGAACACUAUGCAGGAAGAAAUCUUCAGUAGACAGACAGGCAGGGCAAAGCUCAGGCCAACCCUAAACCUGCCAAACAGAGCAAGCCUGAGAUAAGCUGCCAAAUGGCCAAAUAAGAGACUGUGUGAGCUCAUGAUCCUGUAGCUGUAGUAGCUGUAAGGGAAUUUUUUCCUCUAAAUCACGAUACCAAAUAGGAAAAAUGAUCUACAAGUGCCCCAUGUGCAGGGAAUUUUUCUCUGAGAGAGCAGAUCUUUUUAUGCAUCAGAAAAUUCACACUGCUGAGAAGCCCCAUAAAUGUGACAAGUGUGAUAAGGGUUUCUUUCACAUAUCAGAACUUCAUAUUCAUUGGCGAGACCACACUGGAGAGAAGGUCUAUAAAUGUGAUGAUUGUGGUAAGGAUUUUAGUACCACAACAAAGCUUAACAGACACAAGAAAAUUCACACCGUGGAGAAGCCCUAUAAAUGUUACGAGUGUGGCAAAGCCUUCAAUUGGAGCUCCCACCUCCAAAUCCACAUGAGAGUGCACACAGGUGAGAAACCCUACGUCUGCAGUGAGUGUGGAAGGGGCUUCAGCAAUAGCUCAAACCUUUGUAUGCAUCAGAGAGUCCACACCGGAGAGAAACCCUUUAAAUGUGAAGAGUGUGGGAAGGCCUUCAGGCACACUUCUAGCCUCUGCAUGCAUCAAAGAGUGCACACCGGAGAGAAGCCCUAUAAAUGUUAUGAGUGUGGGAAGGCCUUCAGCCAGAGCUCAAGCCUCUGCAUCCACCAGAGGGUGCAUACCGGGGAGAAGCCCUAUAGGUGUUGUGGGUGCGGCAAGGCCUUCAGCCAGAGCUCGAGCCUCUGCAUCCACCAGAGGGUGCACACCGGGGAGAAACCGUUUAAGUGUGAUGAGUGUGGGAAGGCCUUCAGCCAGAGCACCAGCCUCUGCAUCCACCAGAGGGUGCACACAAAGGAGAGAAACCACCUCAAAAUAUCAGUUAUAUAAAGCAUUUUGCUAAGCGUUAAAAAUCUUAAAACCCAUAAGUGCCACUAGGAAGGAAACCCUGUAAAUACCUAUACAUUGACCCAAGAAAUUUUUACAGCAAGCCCCAGCAGAACAUUCUUUUUGAUGAGGCAUAUGUGAGGUUGAUUUUUUGAUUCAUGCCAAGUAUGUCCCACAACUUGCCUUUGAAUCGGGAAUCCCUUUGAGUGUCUGCCCAGGACGGGCUGAGGCCCCCAGUAGAGGGCAUCCCCCGGGGUUAUGGCACAUUCCUCCGUAGUGAAAUUCCACAAACAAACCCACAGCUACUGCCCAGCCUCCGGAGUGCUCUUGGCCAUGUUUAUGUAGAAGGUCCCCCCACCCUGCAGGAGCAGCCCUUGCCCUCCAUCCUUGUGACUCCACUCUGCCAGCUAUGGCAUCUGCAGGGACAGCUCCACUGAGGCGGCGGUUUGGUAUUUCGGAGGUUACUGCUUGAUUGAGGCCUACACGCCAUUCUACACAUCCUGUUUCUGACCCGUUUUCCCGACAUGUCCUCAGGUGCCCAUGAUACCCACGCCUUCCUAGAUGGCAUUAGACUCACUUUAGGUUUAGGUGGCUCAUAAUUCCCGUUCAGUUGGCCUGUCAGAGAGAUCAUUGGCAGACACAUGCUUUUGAGCUUUUCUUGGACUUUUUUUUUAAAAUUAUAAGGAUUCUGCUAAUCACUGUUUCCAUGUUAAUCAGACUUAAUUUCUAAUGACUACAUCACAUAUUUUUAACUUGAAUUUCUUUUGGAAAUAGCUGAAUGUAAAUAGGGAGGAAAAAGCAAGCAAAGUUAGAACUUCUCUCCAUCCAGAAUUCCCUUUCUGGGUCCUCUCGCAAAGCGGGGAACUCCUGAGUAGAGGGGGUGCCCAUGUGCGGGUAGAUGGCAGGGGCACUGAUGCUCAUGCCUGUCAUUGGGGCAAUUUGUAGGAGUCCUUGGUACCCCUUCAUUGAGGAGGACGUAUCAGUUCCUUUCAGGCAUGGAUGUCUGUUGUUGAUCUCUCAUUCUCUUCAUUCAUUCACUCAGCCAAUAUUUAUUGAGCACCUCCUGUGUGCCGGGCACUGCAAGGUGCUGGGGAUACCACUGACGUAGGGAGGCGAAGGCCCCACUCUUGCGGAGUUGACUUCUGGUGGAGGAGACGUGAUAAGCAAGUAAACACAUAAAUAACGUAGUUCAAGAUAGUGAUUAAGUGCUAUGAAGAAAAUAAACUAGGUGGUGGUUUAGA